AUGAAGGAACCACCAGACACCGGUGGCAAUAAAGACCCACCGGAUAGUGGUGAUAAUGAGUAUAGUAAAGUGAAUCAUUCUAUCCCACUAAAUAUAACAACACCUGGUCCAAAAUACCUUAUAAUAACCAGAACUGACGAGGGCAAAACUCUUACCAAUGUGUCACAUUUUUUAAUUAAAAAAGUUAUAGACGGUACUUGUGGUGAAGUGUCAGAAUGCAAAAAACUUAGAAAUGGCACUAUUUUAGUCCGUACAAAAAAUCUCAACCAGGCUAAUAAAUUAAUACAAUUGAAUAAUCUAUGUGAAAACAUAAACAUCCUAGUAACAUGGCAUAAUUCCUUAAAUUAUGUCAAAGGGGUAAUAUAUUCAAAUGAUUUAAGAGAAAUCCCAGACGAUGAAAUCUUAAACGAACUCAAAAACCAAAACGUUAUAAAAAUUGAAAAAAUUAAAAGAAAAGUUAAUAAUAAAAUUGAGGAAACCGGUCUUAUUAUAAUUACUUUCGGAUCUACAACUCUACCAACUGAGCUUAAUAUUGGUUACGAGCGUGUAAAAAUUCGAACAUAUAUACCAUUACCACUUAGAUUUGCCAAGCAAACAAUCAACAAUAACCAAUCAGUUAAUAUUGCAAGUGAUCAAAAUGAGACCACAGCAUCACACUCAUCAACAAAUCUCAACAAUACAAUCAACGGAGAGUCCCAACCUAACUGCUCUCACCACUCAAUCUCAUCAGUACGUACAAUUGUUAAUUACAACAACGUAUCUGAUAUAGAGGUAUCGGAACAUGAAAUGGAACAAUUGAACAACAUAUCACAAACGGAAAAAGUAUCAGAUGACAACAGUACUCUCUCCAAAACAACAUCUGAUAUUGAAAUAUCAGAAAAUGAAACAGGUUCAACACAACAGAAAAACAACACCAACAAUGUAAUUUUUCUACCUAGAACUACAUCUAAUAGGAAUAAACAGAAAGUAAAACAGAAAACAUUAUCUGGUAGACGAUCGAAAAGAGUAAAAAUUUAA